CAUGACGUGCCAAAAAAAAAAAGGAUUCUGUGUCUUGCGGAUCGAUAGUACAGUAAGUUGAUUCGUAUGUACCAAGGGCUUGUCAUCAAGUUGGAUUAUGCACGAAUGUUAGUGUGACGAGUCGUACAAGUGCGAUGAUGGAGUAUACCGUGUCCGUCGCUGCAAUUCACGCUGCCAGGAUGGUUAUCCUUUACCCUUUGUGUUUCUUCCUUUCGAUGUUAUCUCUUGAAGUAUUGUCACAAGACCCUAUCGAGUUGACAGCCGUUCGUUUGUACUCAGAAGGUGGGAUUCUCUUCGGCGGCGCUGUGGAGGUUAGCACGUCGAACGGCUGGGAAAGAGUUUGUUACGAAGGCUUCAACUCCCGAAUGGCCGACAUCGUAUGUCACAAACGAGGAUUCGAUGAGGGCGCCAUGGCGGUUCGGUCAACAGCGAGCAUCGGGGUAGUGGUGACACCCCUGCCAUCGUUAACGUGUCAGUUCACCACGGCAGACGGCGAGGAGACGGUACAGUGCGAGUACGCCUCGACUUGCUGGGACCACGCGAUUGUCAUCUGCAACUAUCCCGGCUACCUUGGUUGCUACCGUCACACCAGAGGCAGCCCGUUGCUGGACGAGGCGGUCUUCGCCCACGCCAACAUGACGAUUCAGUCUUGCCUGGCGCUCUGCCGACAGCGGGGCUACCCGCACGCCGGCCUGGCGUUCGGCCAGGAGUGCUACUGCGAGGCGCUGGGGAUCGAGGCGUUGGCGGCCCGUAGACUGGGCAACGAGGACUGCUUCUUGCCCUGCGUAGGGGACCGGCUUCAGAUCUGCGGAGGGGGAACGGCGGUCGGGAUUUACGACAGUCGGCUUGGAUCGUGCACUGAAGUCUACACAGAAGAAGAGGGCGCCAUAGCUUCGCCCGGGUUUCCCGGCAAAUACUCCAAAGACGAGCACUGCACGUGGACGGUGCAAGUUGCCAACGCGGCCAACAUCACCGUGCACGUCGUGGCGCUAGACUUGUCUCAAGGCGAUAAAGUCGGUCUUGCAACUCCCUCUGCCUCUGAGUACAUAGCCUUCACGGGAGGACCGACCCCUUUGAAUGUUCGAUUCGAAUCUACCAGUCACAGCCUAGGAGCACAACUCGAAUUCACGUUUACCGGAAAUACAAUCAAAGUGACUUUCAACUCGACAAUGACCUCGCUUGGAGCUCAAGGGGUUGUCAUAACAUUUUCCUCGUCGACCGGAGCACCCGUGGAUCCGUCAAUGCAAUUAAACGUAACGACGGCACUGCCAGCCGACACCACGAUAACGCAAACGCCAACCACAGGGGAAACUACCGCGUGGCGCCCAAGAACCUCCUCCCCGAAAUUCAUAACGUCGCCGAUCACGCGCACAACCAAGCCCCUCGUCAGCAGGACUGUUGAAACCGAUGGCAGCGACGCUGUCACGACUUUUCCGAACACUGCCACCGUUGAGGGCGUGCCGCCCUCCACGCCGAGAUCGAUUACGGUGGUCAGUGGGGGCACCGGUGAAGCACCAUCCAUAGCUGUCAUAGUAGCGAUUGCUGUGGGCAUCAUCCUUAUCUUACUCCUGUUUUUGACUGCAGCGGUCCUGUUUACAUCAAGUUAUAAACAAGUUCGCAGCAGAAUCGGACGACAGAAUAACGCCCACGUAAACGCCGCCUACGCCAUCGCCGACGAAAACGACGGACAGGCCGACUCCGGCAUCUACGACCCGGGUUACGACACGGCCGACUUCGACGAGCCCAUCUACCUCUCCAUCCGCAACGACCCGAGGGCGAUGUCUAUCCACCGCCUGCCAGAUGAGCAGGACGGUGGCCAGUCCGUGUCGAGAAACGCCAGCGUGAAGACGACGAAGACGGAUCACGACUAUCAGAGUGUGGACGGGCUGUCGCGGAGGAAUACCGACCGGUCGUACUUAUCCAUCUACCCCGACAGCAGCAGGGCUACUUUCACCGGCGGAAGGGUAUCGCCCGCCCAGGCGUCUUCAGACGCCUGCGAGGUGGCGGAGGACGGUUACAUGGUGCCCACCCCUAAAAACUCCACACAGAUCCAGCUAACCAAGUUAUGAACCACCGCAAGCAUAACUGGAGCCUUGUUGGUGGUUCUGUGAAAUGGUAGUGAAGAUUCUGACUGAAAUUCCAGGUUGAAUCAACUACGUGUACAUGUAUUCUUUAAAUAAGCCACUUGCGAGUUUAAUUUGAAUCAAAUAUGGUACACUGUGUUAUC